UUCAGAGAGGUCCAAUUUUCAGAGAGGUGUCUUCUUAUAAAUAACGUUCACAACCUUUCUAUGCUCGUUGGCAGGGGUAGGACAUGCAGUGCGUCAAACCUCUCAAAUAAAACAAAAAAACUGGCUACAAAAAAACGGACUACGGAGACGCCGGUUGAUUGAAUAACAAUUGUGUGUACAUUUAUUUCGCAGCGCUCGCGCAUGCAACCUGGGCGGUCUUGUCACGGAGUCAAGAGCUUCCUGGUGGAUUCAUUCGAGGGGUUUCUCAAGUUUCAAGAAACUUUAUUAUAAUAUGUACAUGUUCUAGGCUAUAGAUACAGUAUGUUUACUAUUGUAGCCUAAAAAACGCUAGUUUCAAGAUAAUAGUGUGGAACACACACCCUUGGAAAGACUACCACAUUGAGAGAGGAGCCAAGCACUCAGGGUUUGGGAUUUACUGGAACCAGGACAUAUCCAUCCUUAAGGAUUUUAGUGACGUAGUUCCUCCGGAUUGUGGGAAUCCCAUUGAACUGACCAGGAGGGAGUUGCUUGCUUUAGCAAAACCAACAGUGGAGUCGACCAUGGGGGAUAAAGAGGACUUAGUAGUGACCACGGCUGUGAACUUUGUUGGGAACGGAAACUUCCUGGACUCGGCGUUCCGCUACACCUUCUUCCCAGUGUUCUACGGUGUUGUGUUCAUCCUUGGGCUGAUAUCCAAUAGUUACGCGCUGUUCGUGCUGUGGCGCCUGCGCGAUGCCAAGGCCUUGAACGAGAUCUGCAUCUACAUGGCCAACCUGACUGUGGCCGACCUCCUCUUCGUGUCCGCCCUCCCCUUCUGGAUUGGCUACUACCAUCAUGAUGGCGUCUGGCUCUACGGCGAAUUCCUGUGCCGUGUCACCGGCGUGUUCUUCUUCAUCAACACCUACUGCUCCAUCCUCUUCCUUGCUGCCAUCAGUAUCAACCGCUACUGGGCCAUCACGCGUCCGCUGGAUGCCGCCUCGUCCGACCAUUGGUGCCGUGGGGUGGCCGUCACAGCGGUCAUCUGGGGGGUCACUCUGUCCAUGUCUGUGCCAUACCUCGUGCAGACGGGCAUUCAGAAGGACAAGAGCAACGUGUCGCGAUGCUUCGAGGGCUACCACCAUGAGACGGAUGGCGAGAAGCGGCUGGUGGCCGCAACCCACCUUAUUAUUGUGGGGUGCUUCGUCUUGGUCUUCUUCCUCGUUGUAGUGUGUAAUCUGCUCAUCGCCCGGGCGUUACUAGCCCAGUCCCUUACCCAGGCUCGGGGCUCCAGUUCCUCCAAACCCCGGGGGGUGAAGGGCCGGGCCCUGCAGAUGCUGUGUGCUGUGGUGGGGGUGUUCGUGGUGUGCUUCCUCCCCCACCACAUGGUCCAGGGCCCCUGGACCCUGGCUGUGCUGGAGAUCAAGGAGGGCUGGGGCAGCACGGAAUGGAGCCAGAAGACCAAGCAAUGGUUGAACGACGCCCACCAGGUCACCCUGAUGCUGAUGGGGCUCAACUGCCUCUUCGAUCCCGUGGUGUACUGCUUCGCCACCAGGAGGUUCCACAUGUAUAUCAAGGACCAUCUGAAAAAGAUGGGGAGGGGCAGAGCCUGCUCGGAAACAGCCAUCACACACAUCUCUAUAGUGGAAUGCAAGAAUGUGAGCCAGCGGCUCCAUAGAGAACAGCAGUAGCUCAAUAAUUAAAGUCCUUCACUGUAACGGAAAACUGUAAUUUAUAUGGUAAAUUUGGGUAUUAUCAAUAGUAAAGUACUCCAAACAUUUGACUUCAGCAUAGUGUAAAUUGUUGUGGGCGGGGAAACAAUUGCUUUAUUUAGAAUGGUACUGUAAUUCCACCCCACAGAAUACAGUACUGUAUCUUGUCUUUGGGGGGCCAAAAACAUUUUGACCACUUGUGAGUGCAUGUUAUUGUUGUUUCUGGCAUAUUAACAUAUUUUGAGACGUGCCUUGUAAGAGGCUAUAUUUGUUGCACCCAUGAGUGAAAAUGCUGUACCAAUUUAACUCCUAUGUUAAAGGAGACAAAUUGUACAGGGGACAGAUUGUAGUGGCAGCAAGUCUUAAACCUUAAAUGGUUGAGCAUUUUGCCAUGUCCUUUUGGUCUGUACCCCUGUAGUCGCUGCCAGUUUGGAAGAUUUUGUUAAGGCCUCUACAGGUGCAAGUAAUAUAAAACACCAAUUAUGCAUUAAUAUGCUGUGGGAUGUUUACAACCAGAUGCAUCUGGUUUUCAAGGGAAAAAGAAAGAGAGCCUGUGACGCCUACACGACUUCCGCUUUUGAACAUUAACAAGGCGACACUCCAUCUUAACUCCUCCUCCACAUUUAUUGGAUUGGUUGAACAGUACAGAAGAGAACCUCCCCUACCAUUUUUUUCUUCUCGUCAGCUACGUUAGGUUACGUUAGGUUACGUUAGGUUACCUAGCAAGCCAACCUGCUUGUUACGUUAGGUUACGUUAGGUUACCUAGCAAGCCAACCUGCUUGCACCAAUCCCUUGUAAUUACAGUAAAAUACUGUGAAAUACAAACCCGUCCCCUCAAAGAAUUUCAUUCAUCCAUUCAUCCAUGUGCCGACCUUACAGUGAAGUGCUUACUUACAUACAAGCCCUUAACUAACAAUGCAGUUAAGAAAAAUAAGUGUUUAGAAAGUAUUUACUAAAAUAAACUGA